AUGGUGCAGCAACGCUCCGGAAUUGUCGUCGGCAUUAACAGCGGCCGUCCCACGACUGCCCUGAACACCCCCAAGACCCGCAUCAGCCGGUCCAAGGGCAAGAGCUCCCGUCGCACCGCUUUCGUUCGCGAAAUCGCCCAGGAGGUCGUCGGUCUCGCCCCCUACGAGCGCCGCAUCAUUGAGUUGCUGCGCAACGCCCAGGACAAGCGUGCCCGCAAGCUCGCUAAGAAGCGCCUCGGUACUUUCGGCCGCGGCAAGGCCAAGGUUGAGAGCAUGCAGAAGGUCAUUGCUGAGUCCCGUCGCGCCCAGGCUGCUCACUAA